AUGCUCCUCGCGCGCGCGCGCGCGGUGUCGACGGUGAGACCAUGCGCGCGCGCGUCGAUCGCGUCGACGCGCGCGACGAAGCGAGCGCCCGGGGCGACGCGCGGGAGAGAAAUCAUCGGCGCCGCCGGUUCGCGACGAAUUCAAGUCGAUGACGCCCACGCGCGCGCGGUCGCGACGAGGGCGUCGACGGCGAACGGGAACGAUUGGGAGGAUCUAUUCGACGCGUUCGAGCGCCAAGGGGCGGCGCAGAGAAUCCGGGAGUCGAUCCCGAGGGUGAAGGCCAGGGCGCUGGAAAGAGCGCUCGCGAGAGGUCGACGAAGAGUCGAAGUGGGGAAGUUAUGCAAGGAGCUCGAACUCGAUCGCUCGGACGUCCUGGCGUGGUUGAAAGCGAACGGACAUCGAGCGGAGGAGCUGGCGGUGACGUACGCGGAGGAGAUUCGAUUGGAGGCUGAUGAGAGUGCGCAGCGAGAGGCGAGGUUGGAGCGCGAGCGCGAGGAGCGGGCGAGACGGGAGCGAGAGCGAGAGGAAAAAGGGAAGAAUCUCGGUCCGGGAGGGAUGCCGGCGUAUAAGUCGUACAAGAAGACGCGAUUGGGGGCGUCGAAUCUGGCGACUUUGGAGAAAGUGUACGCGCUGACGCAGUAUCCAGAUGACGCCAUGCUCGAGAGCGUUCGACAGGCGACGAAACUGCCCACGAGCAAGAUCAUCGCUUGGUUCAAGGAGCGACGGGGCGGGAACAGGCGCGUUUCGCCGUCUUCACCACAGAGUGCCGGCGAUCAAAGGGUUGAACGAAAGGGAACCACGGGCGGGUACUCAUACACUCGUCGCGAAGACGCCGACGAUCGAAAGAGCGGUCUCCGUCGCGGAGAUACUCGUGACGAAUAUGGGGGAGGAGGCAGAGGGCGUCCCGGACGUGACAGCGCCUCCAACUGGUCCCCAAACUAA